GUAAAUAAAACGGCCCCCAAAACUGCGUAGUUUUUUCCUUUUGAAUUUGUUCAUUUACAUAAGCAAAGAAGAUUCGCAGCGAACGCCAUGGAUGUCGCCGGUGAAGCUCGUAAUAACUGCAACCUCCAGAUUCCCUUUUCUUCUCUUACCGUCGACCACUCACUUCCUGUACCGGAGAUGAAACCUAGCCUCGUAAGGCUUUGCAAGGACCUGUUCCACAAAUGGUUAAAUUUGGAUGAAUCCCACUUCUUUGCUGAGAGAGUGUCUGGGGGCAUUACAAAUCUCUUGCUCAAGGUAUCCGUUAAGGAACAAAAUGGGAAUAUGGUGCAUAUGACUGUUAGACUUUAUGGUCCAAAUACGGAAUACGUUAUCAAUCGAGAAAGGGAACUACAGGCCAUUCAUUACCUCUCAGCUGCAGGAUUCGGUGCCAAGUUGCUAGGAGUAUUUGGAAAUGGGAUGGUACAAUCAUUUAUACAUGCUCGUACAUUAGAACCAUUAGACUUGAGGAAGCCAAAAUUAGCAGCGGAAAUUGCAAAGCAACUUAGUAGGUUCCAUCAGGUCGAGGUUCCAGGAUCCAAAGAACCUCAGCUGUGGAAUGACAUCUUCAAAUUUUUUGAAAGAGCAUCCAAUCUUACUUUUCAUGAUCAUGAGAAGCAAAAGAAAUACAAUACAAUUUCAUUUAAGGAAGUCCAUACAGAACUUAUUAAGCUCAAGGAAUUGACAGGUAGUCUUGAUGCUCCUGUGGUGUUUGCUCAUAAUGACUUGCUWUCUGGAAAUCUGAUGCUGAAUGAUGAUGAAGAGAAACUCUACAUCAUAGAUUUUGAAUAUGGAUCAUACAGUUACAGAGGGUUUGACAUAGGGAACCACUUCAAUGAAUAUGCCGGCUAUGAUUGCGACUACACUUUGUACCCAAAUAAGGAUGAACAAUAUUAUUUCUUCAGGCAUUACUUGCAACCCGAAAGACCAGAUAAGGUAAGCGAGAAGAAUUUGAAAGAGCUGUAUGUUGAAAGUAGCUGUUACAUGUUGGCUUCACACUUGUACUGGGCUCUAUGGGCUCUCAUCCAGGCAAAGAUGUCACCAAUCGAUUUCGAUUAUCUUGGUUAUUUCUUCCUGAGAUACAAUGAAUACAAGAGACAGAAGGACGCAUGCUUUUCUCUGGGUAAGUCUUACCUCUCUGCUGCACCCGAGACCGGGUGAUUUGAAACCCAAGUUGGUUGUUGUAAGCUUGGUUAGACUUAUGYUGCUUGUUUCUUACAACUUUACUGUCACUUGGCCCUAACAUUCAACUGAUGGUAAAAGACCUUGAAUUUGCCUAUCAUAUUUUGUAAAUACUUCAUAAUAAUGUCAUAAAUUACAUUCUAAAA